CGUUUCCUUUACGUCAUGAGGUCUGAGGAAACGGUGCUGAAUGUAAACAGUGAGGUCUGUUGGAGGACAGGUAGGGCAGUUUGAGCUCAUUUUCACGUGUUGUAGGUGACACAGUGAAUUAAACUGAUUAAUUUAAGGUUAAAGAUUAAAACUAAUGAAGAUUUUUACACUUUAAAUUGUUGUCUUUAUGUCGCAGCUGAUAAUAUGAGGCUUUUAUCGAGGGCGGUGCGGUGUGCCGUGGGUCAGAGGAACCGCAGACAGUUCUGGGGUUGGCUCAAUGCAGUCUUCAACAAGUAAGACGAGAGUAAUCAUAGGAUUAAAGGGCAGACACAUUAAUGCCUGUGGAGACAUGUUAAAUAUCUGUACAAUGACAAAGCACAACACCUCAACACACACCUUUAAACACACACACCUGUAAUAUUGCACUAUAUUGACCGUGAAUUCAGUCCUUUCUGUAAAAUCAAAUUAAGGAUUUUCAUGGAUCAAUCAAUUAUGGAUUCAUCAACAGGACAUAUAGGGUCACAGACAUAGUACUAGACACCAAACAUCUUUUUAACUUUGACUCAUUUCUUUAGCAAAGAGACUAAACACAACUCACCUACUCUCUUCCAGCAGCUGUUUGUUUGUACAGAGACCUCAGGCCAGUCCAUUACGGACUACAGCGGGGUGCCGCAGCUCAAGGAAGAACAUUUAUGAUCAUUUCUUUAUGGAAAUACAAUCAGACCGAGACGCUAAGACAGAAGAACUAUUGCGUCUACAGUGAAAAUGACUCUUACAGUUCGUCCAAAAUGCUGCUGAUCAUCUUUCAACAGGUAAACGAAAACAUGACCACAUAACCCCAAUUCUGGCGUCCCUCCAUUGGCUUCCUGUCCAUUUUAUAAUUCAUUUUAAAAUUGUAUUGUUUUUAAAUCUUUAAAUGGAUCAGCACUGCAGUGUAGAUUACUGACCUCUUAAAUCUUUGUCUGCUGAUCAGCUCCAACUCGAGUUUCCAAAAACCCGUGGCGACCGAGCUUUCUCUUCUGUGGCUCCCAAACUAUGGAACGAAUCGAGAUUAAAACAUCCCCAACUCUUUCUACUCUUUCUACUCUUAAAUCGUGUCUUAAAACUCAUUUUUAUUCCUUUUACCUCAGCAUGAGAGUCGAGUGAUCUUUGUCCUUUUAUCACUUUUAUUUCUUUUAUGCUUUUGUUUUUUAAUUUCAUUUUUAAUGUUUUUUUACCUGAAUUUCUUUAUUUCAUCUUGAUUUUUACAGCAGUGUCUGUUCUUUUAAUUUUACUGUGCAGCACUUUAGUAAACUUGAAUGUGUUUUAAAUUGUGAUAUAAAUAAAACGGAUUGGAUGAUUGUUACUUCAAGGAAAUGAUCAUAAAUGUUCUUCCUUGAGCUGCGACACCCCGCUGUAAUCCGUAAUGGACUGGCCUGAGGUCUCGCUACAAACAAGCGUCUGCUGGAAGAGAGUAGGUGAGUUGUGUUUAGUCUCUUUGCUAAAGAAAUGAGUCAAAGUUAAAAAGAUGUUUGGUGUCUAGUACUAUGGCUCUGUAUUGCUAUCCUGCGGUCGUUACUAAAGUUGGUAUAACUAGAGAAGCAAGCGGUCGACAACAUUCAUCUCUGGAGGGAGGGUCUUACUCAGUGUAACUUUAUUUUACGCCGGAAUAUCCCUUUAAGAGAUAUUUAAAGUGGUGUCCUGUGGUGUGUUGUCCGGCUUAUCUUCACCCCUGUGUUCUAGUUUCCUGUGUUUGACAAAAACAUGACGUAUUCAGCGGACAAUACAGCAAAUAUUGAGUUUCAAAAUGUGAAAAUAUUAUUUUACCUGAUCGAUAAGCAGUUAAACAAACAUUUGGUGAUGAUUACUCAGGUUAAAACAACUGACCCACUGACGCAGCGGGCACGCUGCCAUGUAGACCAAGGGUGAGAAAGUGAUAUUACGUCAGGGAUGAGCGCCACACUGAGUGUUUGUGGGUCUCCUCUCAGGGUGGACUACGAGAGGAUCAAAGCUGUCGGUCCGGAUCGAGCCGCGGCAGAGUGGCUGCUGAGAUGUGGAGCCAAAGUCAGGUUUCAGGGCUUCGAGCGCUGGCACUUCGACUACAACGGAAUCCCAACGGGGCCUCUGGGCAGAUACAAGAUCCAGGGAAUCGACGCCACAGAAUCCUGCAUCAUGUACAGAGGGUUCGACCACCUGGGUCAGUGUCACAGUCUGCACCAAACUCACCCCACGACAGUCUGAUCAAACUUCAAUGUGGUGUUACAAUAGAUACACCAAAGACCUAAACCCCGCUCAGUUUCUGCUCCCUCUCAUGUUGGUCUCAGAGGAUUAAUGAAAUGUGUUUUUUUCACCCUGAUCUUGUCGGUCAGACGGUCAUUAAAUCAAAGGUUAAAGCUUUGUUCAGGGAGUGUAAAUUUUAGAUGAAGUAAACGUGAGCUUGACCUCCUCCGCCGUCGACCUGAAAGUGAUUCCCCUCUUUGUUAACAAGAAAGGAAAGGCGAGGGUGAAAGUGCGUCUCUCUCCCAGACUGAUUAUCCAAAAGUGACGCAAGUGAGCGGCGGGAUGUUUUUCACCCUCUCUGACCCCGUCUGCUGCUCCUCGCACUAACCCGGAUCUCUCUCUCUCUUUGGUGCCAGAGUCCGCACAGAUUACAAACCUGUCGUGUUUUCUUUUUUUUUUUUUUAGAUGGUUUGAAGUUUUUGGAGGAAAUCAAGUUCAAUAAGUGCAUCUACAUCGAGGACACCUGCCUGGAGAGGCUGAGCUCCAUAAAGAACCUGCAGGAGAGUGUGUACAUGAUGGAGGUGGUGUCCUGUGGGAAUGUGACGGAUAAGGGAAUCAUCGCUCUGCACAGACUCAAGUAAGUCUUUAUCCGCCUUUUCUGUUCGAUCAAAUCUUUGACUUAUAACUGAUAUGAUAAAGAUGGUUGAUUUCCUCUUGAUGUUGCUGCUAAAAUACCACAUUUAUGUCCUGCUAAAAAUAGGCGGGGAUAACGUGAGUUCAUGACAGCUCUCUGAGACGUCUAAGAUUCUGAUCGUGUCGUUUUAUCAUGUUUUAUGGCCACAAUAAUCAUGAGGUGAAAAAAUUUGAUACUGUCACAGCCUCGGUUACCAAAACGACAUGAAAAAAGUGAAAAUAAGAGAAAAGAAAAAGUGAAAAAGAUGAAGGAGCAACGCUGACACUGGAGAGAGAAAGUUUGUCAGUAUAAAUCGGAAAUAUUUCACACACAUCUAUAUUAAAGUCUGCAAAUACGGUAAAAAGAUCAAUCAAAUAUAUGAAUGGAAAUAAAACCAAAAGUUAAAUUCAGACUGAAACAGAGGAGUCCACCAGGACCAGGUCGAACUGUUUCAUUGGGUAAAAACGCUGUGAGGGGCGGGUAUUAAACCAGAUGAUUGACAGCAGGCUGAAAAAAACAGAAAGUUAGGCCCGAACUACACGUAUAUAGAUAUUUAUUUAUCAGGAUAUUUUUGUACUCCUGUCUAAAUAAAUGUAUCUGUCCACACGUGUUAGUUACAAAGCUACAUGAUUGGCCGAUGAAUCGUAACAGCGUGAUGCGUCAUGCAUUGUUUGCGGAAGCUACGCUAUUGCGUCGGGUCCAUGAGACGGUGUGGCGGCUAUAACAAAGCAGACGCGUCUGUGAGCUGGCUGACUGGUGGAUGUAAUUGUAUAAAACAAGGUUCACUUGCAAGGCUGAAAUUAGCCCCAACAGGGCAAAACAAACGUAAAGAAUACCCUGUAUGUCCGCCAUCGUUGUUGUUAUUUUUCCGGAUUGAGAUUUAUCCGGUUUGAGUGCUCCAAACUCCCGUUUUGGUGUGGUAGGGAGGCCUAAUCGGACAUAAAUAUGUGCGGUUUGAAAUAUAUCCUUAUUCGUGUAGAUGGGGCCUUAGACACGUGAAUGUUUUUCUUUUCCUUCCUCAGAAAUCUGGAGUACUUGUUCCUCAGCGAUCUUCCCGGGAUCAGCGACAGAGAGACGACGGUGGAGCGUCUGCAGACGGCUCUCCCUCGGCUGGAAAUCGCUCUGGAUCUGGACUGAACGUUAGCGUCAGAAACUGUGAGGAGGAUCGACUUCAGAGUAAAUAUGUAGAUCCUUAAAGCUCGAAGGUUAACUGGAUUUACACGUGGGUCGUUCUGAGCGGCGGGACGGUCCGACUGUACGAGGAGAAAUCAAGAAAGAAGCACUUUACAUGAAAAAUUGAACUCUUGUGUUGUUUAUUUUCAGCGUUUCAGGUGUUACAUGUGACUCCACAUGCCCAGGAUGUCAAAGUUCAUCAUUUUCUGUACAUAAAUUUGGCAAAAUUUGUACAAACGUGAAAACAGACAGAUGGCUGUGAACAUCCUUAGCACCAAAGCUUCAGAAAUAAAGAAUAAAAUGUCGUCUUUUUGUCGUGAUUUGCUCUUAAAUAUGGGAAUGUUUGACUCCUAGUGUCAAUAAAUAUGCUUUAAAGGUUUCUCCUCACGUUUAUAAUUUAAAAACUCGAAUAAAAACCCGUCACUCCUGCA